UGAAAAAGGGCAGCACUGGGCCAUAACAACCACCCUAAGAAGGCUUUGAGCUACUACGAAGGAAAUAAAUAACCAAACUGAAAACAAAACGAUCCAAGAAUAUUUUUAAACCACAACUAACAUCGGUACUUUACCCGAAAGUCCUUGCAAGUGGAACCGGAGUGUUGAUUGGAGAUCAAAUGUGGACGCUGACGUAGAGUCGCGCGUAACGAGCUGAGUUGGAAAAAGAAGGUGUUGAGCUGCAGUUUUUUUCCCCCCUCUCUCCCUCUGCCAGGGACAACUUGGGUCGGAGUGCUGCAUUUUUAGUCAAAGGCAAAGCGAAGAUAAAGAUAUCAGCCAUCUACGACUACCACCCACUCUGACGUUUUUCGACAUGGCAGACGGGCCCAGGGGCUCUGAGAACUCUUCAGAGGAUCCGUGGCGAACACACGACUGAGGACUGAAGGGAGCGCCGCCGUCGCCUGAGCAGAAUGACUCAGCAAGAGGGGGGACCCCCACGUAGCAAGUGAAGAGACGUGAGGAUGGGUGCCAAUGGAUCCAGCUACCCACACUCGUGCUCCCCGCGCAUAGGAGCCAAUGCACAGACGCAGCAGACCUUUAUUGGGACCUCAUCCUAUUCACAGCAGGGAUAUGCUUGGGAGUCGAAGCUUUACAGCCUGGAACAUGGCCACGAGCGACCUGCUGACAGGAAGAAGAAAAGCCUUGGCCUGGCCACCCUUAAACGGCGUUUCAUUAAACGAAGAAAAUCCAGUCGCUCGGCGGAUCACGCCCGACAGAUGCGUGAGCUGCUGUCCGGGUGGGACGUCCGAGACACUAAUGCCUUGGUGGAGGAAUAUGAGGGUACGGCGGCCCUCAAAGAGCUGAGCUUCCAGGCCAGCCUGGCACGAGCCGAGGCUCCUAGCUUGCCUCGGGAUCUGGCUGCCCUUUAUCAGCAUAAGUACUGCACUGACGUGGACCUCAUCUUCCAAGGGACUUGCUUCCCAGCUCAUCGGGCCAUCCUGGCCGCUCGCUGCCCCUUCUUCAAGACUCUGCUCUCCUCAUCCCCCGGCUAUGGAGCGGAGGUCCACAUGGACAUUGAGACAGCGGGCAUCGAUGUGCCCAUGUUCUCCGCGCUGCUGCACUACUUGUACACAGGGGAGUUUGGAGUGAGCAGCGCCGAGGACUCCAGGCUACAGAAUGUGGAUGUGCUGGUGCAGCUCAGUGAGGAGUUUGGCACGCCCAACUCUCUCGAAGCAGAUAUGAAGGGCUUGUUUGACUACGUGUGCUACUACGAUGCCCUGUUGAGUUUCUCUUCAGACUUUGAAAUGGUCGAGAGUUUCAACGAGCGAGGCGCCGGAGCGCCGGCCGCCGUCUCGGGAGGCGGCGGAGCACCAGGCACCCCAGAUGAGGACCUUCGAGCUCACAAGGCUAUCCUCUCUGCACGCUCGCCUUUCUUUAGAAACCUUUUGCAGAGGCGCAUUCGUACAGGGGAGGAAAUGACGGAGCGCACGCUCCAGACUCCGACCCGAAUUGUGCUGGAUGAGUCCAUCAUCCCGCGCAAAUACGUGCAGGUGAUUCUCCACUGCAUGUACACAGAUGCGGUGGAGCUUGGACUGGUUCUGCGUGGUAGCCCCUCGACUGGCAGCCUCGGGGAGGUCCAAGCCUUGGUGUCAGGGGGGCGGGGGGCCAGCACACGCACAGAAGAGGCAAUGGAGCUCUACCAUAUUGCUUUAUUCUUGGAGUUCAGUAUGCUGGCACAGGGCUGCGAAGACAUCAUUGUGGAAAGCUUGUCUCUGGAUUCACUGGUGCCCAUCCUCAAGUGGAGCUCGCAACCGUACGGCUCCAAAUGGGUGCACAGGCAGGCCAUGCACUUCCUCUGCGAGGAGUUCAAUCAGGUUGUCACCUCAGAUGUUCUCUAUGAGCUCGGCAAGGAGCACUUUCUCAACGCGAUCCAAUCCGACUACCUACAGGCCAGUGAGCAGGACAUUCUCAAGUAUGUUGUUAAGUGGGGCGAGCAGCAGCUUAUUAAGAGGAUGGCAGACAGGGAGCCCAAUCUGUUGAGCGGCACAGCCCACAGCGUCAACAAACGCGGAGUGAAGAGGAGAGACCUGGACGUGGAGGAGCUUAAGGACAUCCUUUCCCCUCUGCUGCCCUCCAUCCGAACCGAGCACAUUUUGCCCCCGCACAGCGAUGUCCUCUCCGACGCGCUCAAAAGAGGUUUGAUAAGCACGCCUCCGUCAGACAUGUUGCCGACGGCCGAGGGGGGGAAAGCCAAUGCUUGGUUGAGGCAGAAGAACGCCGGCAUCUACGUGCGACCUCGCCUCUUCUCUCCUUACGUGGAAGAGGCAAAGUUGGUGCUUGAUGAAAUGAUGGUGGAGCAGACUGAUCUGGUGCGGUUACGACUCGUGCGCAUGUCCAACGUCCCGGACACCCUCUACAUGGUUAACAACGCCGUGCCGCAGUGCUGUCACAUGGUUAACCAUCAGCAGAUGACCGUUAACUCGGCCGCUGCUCCGUCAGUGGUUGCCAAUGAAAUCCCAGUGCCGCAGCUCUCGGUAGUGAAGGAGAUGAUCCGGAGGCUCCAGGAACUCAGACACACAGAGCAAGUGCAGAGAGCGUACGCCCUCAACUGCGGCGAGGGCGCCACCGUCAGUUACGAGCUGCAAUUGCGAGUCCUCCGGGAGUUCGGUUUAGCUGACGGAGCCACCGAACUUCUACAGAACCCGUACAAGUUCUUUCCCGACGAGCGAUUCGGAGACGAGAGUCCGAUUCUGGCUCUGCGCCAGGUGGGUCGAUGUCGCGUAAACAGCAGCCCAGCCAUGGAUAGCAUGUUCUCAGAGCUGGAAGGCGUGGCGGGUUUCCACUUGCCGCUGCCUCCCCCGCCUCCCCCGUACCACCCCCCUGCUACACCCAGCCUCGCUCAACUCAAAGGCGCCUGGCGACCCCGCAUUCCCUUGCCGACCCCCACCCGUUCCUUCUCCUACCCCUGCAACCGCACCCUUAGCCAGCGCCAUGCGGCGGCCAAGCAUGGCGGCUCGGACUUCUCCUCAGUGCCCAGACCCCAGCCCCCAGACUGCACCGAACCGCAAGCUAUGGGCCGAGCCUUGCUAUCCGAACAGCAAGCGAUGGGCAUGGAGCCCAUUAGAAGGGAGUUCAUGCCCGACAUCGCAUUAGGUGUCUCAGUCAUGUCGCUGAGGGAGCAGCACAUAGCAGAAAUGGACCGGGAAAGUCCUCACAGCCCCGUGGGCCACCCGGGCCUUCAUCUGCCCCACGGCCCCUGUCCUUCCGUCCGCCACAGCCACAACCAUGGCCCCGGGCACGGGCACUCUUGCAAGAGACACGCCCCCGAUCCCAAGUUGGAGAUGCAAGCAGAGUUUCCCGACCUGUACGACUUCUCCCGUCGACCUUCAUCUCCAGCCCCCGCGCACACUCUGUCCACGUUUGCGGGACCGGACCUCUACAGCCACAGCUGCGCCCCCUCGGGACCCUUUACACCCGUUUACAUCACCGACGCUCAGUCCCAGGGCCACGCACAGGGACGGACUGGCCCAGACCCACUACGGCUGGAUGUCCUCGGUAUGAACCCGCAGAGGCACGACGCCGUCAGCCCCUCGGGGCCGCAGCCCAGGAUGGGCCACGCGGCGAGGGCCCGCUCAAACGAGACGGAUCUGACUCACGGCUUGGGCCACCUGCGCUCGCACAGCGGAAACAUGGACGGUUACGAGGACAGAAUGGCCGGACCUCGAGAUGCUCCGGAGGAAAUGGUUGUUGUUGGGGAGUCAUCACAGCCUCACAGAAACAGUGUCAGCGAGGACAUGGCCAGAGACCGCAGGUCACCCAGCAAACCUGACUACCCGUACAAAAAAUCUGCACUUUAACCCCAGCAAUUGAAUUAAGAAAAGGGAAUGACUGACAGCCCAUCGUAUUGAACGGUCAAGCACUAAAUACAUGUGUGUGUUCAACAAAAAGCACGUGGAAAGGCAAUUGCUAUUUAUUUAUAUGAUGUCCUUUUUGUCCUAACUCUGCCACUUAACUCCAUUCAUCAUCACACAGAGUCGAAGGCCAAAGUAUGCAUCUCGAGGUCACCUGGAUCCAUCCGUGUGCUGAUUUGUCCUUUGAGUCAGAACAUUAAUGUAGCUCAUUCGUCAAGUGGCGGUCAAAGACGCCCUUCAUGUUGAUGAUGGCCCGACAGGAUUGUCCAUUCACAAAAAGCCACGCAGUUUGGUGUAGGAGAGCAUUGUGAUCAAAACUGGCUUGUUUUGGUUUUCUGUAGCAUCCCAUGCAGCUAGUUUCCACCGUUGCUGAGCAGAGCGCGCACGCUCGUCUUUCCGCGCUCCUUAUAACUGCCACGUCCAAACAAACAGACAUUUCCAAUCGAACACGGUUCACUUCGAAGUGUAUUAUUUAGGAUCCAACCAUAUUUCUAUACCACUGACUAAAUGUGGCCACUAGGGCCGUGCGUGAACCAACUGCACAUAUAGACCACCACUCACACUCACAGCCCAGGAGUCCAGAUAGCAUGAACCUCAGAUGUAAGAAACCUAAAACAGUAGCAAGCGUGUCUUCUUACUGGUAAACACACACACACACACACACACACGAAGGUGUGGUGACAAUCUCAGUACUGUACUCGCACAUUUCCAGCCUGGUCUCUCUGAACAUAUCAGAAGGAGCACAGCAGGCUGUGUGCUUACGCUCCUUCCUCUUAAUCUAAUAGCAUCAACUAAUCAAAUCUUGAAGCCUUAACCAAUCCUCUGAAGAUUCCAUUUCAGCUACCUUCAAACUCAGUUCUCAAUGAUGUCAUUCUAUCUCAAACCACGUGUUAAUUCACUAUUAGGUGUUUCCCAACCGUUAUGUAUUUUACAUCAGAUCAAUUUCUUCCACCAGCAGGAAGAGCAUUUCAUUGUUCUACCUGUUACUAGACGUAGAUGAACUAAAAAAAAUUGAAUGAUCUUAGAAAUGUGGUUGGGAAUCACUGAACUAAUUGACUGUUCUCACUAUGGACUGACAACCAUCCGGCCUCGCGCAGUCAGCGUUUGUAGCUCCAAAACCAUGCAAGUCCACGACUGAAGCGCACAUGCCAGCAUGAGUCUUUUUUUUUUAAUGGGGGGGGAG